GAUUUCACCUUGACCUUUAAAGAUCUAAAAAUUAGCCCAUGAUUAUCAGUAAUAAUUGCAUUAUUCUAGACGAAGGAGAAAAAAAAUAUGAAUGAUCUCGUUUGCUUGGAUGAUAUCGAGAAAUUGGCUUUAAUCAAACUAGAGAAUAGUCGCUAUAAAGAUUAUCUAAUUAGUGGAGCAGAGGAUGAAAAUGUUCUAGAAAGAAAUUCUAAACGUUUGAAAGAAAUAUAUCUCUCUCCGAGAAUUUGUGUAGACGUCUCUAAUGUAUCUCUAAACACAAAAUUACUAGGAGAAAAAUGUUCCGUUCCUAUUGGUAUAGCUCCUUCCUUAGCCCAUAAGUUAGUUUGCAAGAAUGGUGAACUGUCUACUGCUAACGGAGCUGAACAGUCUGAUGUCAUAUACACAAUGAGUACUUUUUCCAGUACAAGAAUAGAAGAUGUAGCAGCCCAAAAUCCAAAGUUGAUUAAAUGGUAUCAAGUUUAUGUAUUUAAAAAUAGGGAAAUAACUAAACAAGCUAUUCAAAGAGCUGAAAAGGCUGGUUAUAAAGCAAUUGUAUUAACGGUUGAUGCGGCUGUUGCUGGUUUAAGACGCAAACUACUUAAGAAACCAUUGUCGUUCCAACAGGAUUUUUCUUUACCAAAUUUUCCUAAAAAUUUGGAUAAAUCACCAAGUUCUGGAUUACCUUUUGGUUCUCAAAUAACUUCGACACUUUCUUGGGGGGACGUUGAUUGGUUAAGAACUAUUACUAAACUUCCAAUAAUUAUGAAAGGAGUUGCCACCGUAGAGGAUAUAAUUUUAUCGAAAAGGCACGGAGCGUCGGCUAUUUGGAUCUCUAAUCAUGGUGGAAGACAAUUGGACGAUGUUCCAGCCUCAAUAGAUGUUCUAGCUAAAAUAGGUCGUACUGCUAAAGCAUUGGAGUUGGAGCUCUAUGUUGAUGGAGGGUUUAGAAAGGGAUCAGAUGUAUUUAAAGCUAUAGCCUUAGGAGCAGAUGCAGUAUUUAUUGGUAAACCUAUUCUAUACGCCUUAACAAUCGGAGAAGAGCAUUGCGUAAAGAAGCUAUUUGAUAUAAUGAAAACGGAGCUUGCAACAGUCAUGGCACUUUGCGGAGUACGUAAUGUCAAUGAGAUCAGCAAAAAAUACUUGUGGGAAAAUAUAAGUCGCCUGUGA